AUGUGCCUAUACUUGCAUAUAGUUCUUGGGAGAGUUCAAGUUGCGGUGAGAUUACGACCUCGAAAUGCAGAAGAGUUGGUCGCUGAUGCUGAUUUCGCUGAUUGCGUAGAGUUAAAACUUCAAAGAAACAACUGUGAUUCUAAUACCUAUGAGUUUGAUGAGAUUCUUACAGAAUUUGCAUCACAAAAGCGGUCAUUUUACAUGGUUGGUGGCAUUGAAAAGGUCAUUGCCAAGGCGGAGAAGAUUGCCAAGGAGUCUGCUGCUUAA